GCCCGCCUAGUCUCGCGCGAGCGGCGGUUCCGGCCUUUCGGCGGCGGCGGGGAAGAUGGCGGUCGGCAAGAACAAGCGCCUGACCAAGGGCGGCAAGAAGGGCGCCAAGAAGAAAGUGGUUGAUCCUUUCUCCAAGAAGGACUGGUAUGAUGUCAAAGCACCAGCCAUGUUCAAUAUCCGAAACAUCGGGAAGACACUUGUCACCAGGACUCAAGGAACCAAAAUUGCCUCUGAUGGGCUGAAAGGUCGCGUAUUUGAAGUGAGCCUGGCUGAUCUGCAGAACGAUGAGGUUGCCUUCCGUAAAUUUAAACUGGUAACUGAAGAUGUUCAGGGCAAAAAUUGUCUGACCAACUUCCAUGGAAUGGACCUCACCAGGGAUAAAAUGUGCUCCAUGGUCAAGAAAUGGCAGACAAUGAUCGAAGCCCACGUGGAUGUCAAGACCACCGAUGGUUACCUGCUGCGCCUCUUCUGUGUGGGUUUCACCAAGAAGCGCAACAACCAGAUCCGCAAGACCUCGUAUGCCCAGCACCAGCAGGUUCGGCAGAUCCGCAAGAAGAUGAUGGAGAUCAUGACCCGAGAGGUCCAGACCAAUGACCUGAAGGAAGUUGUCAAUAAGCUGAUCCCAGACAGCAUUGGCAAAGACAUAGAGAAGGCCUGUCAGUCCAUUUACCCUCUUCAUGAUGUCUAUGUCCGCAAGGUUAAGAUGCUGAAGAAGCCCAAGUUUGAGUUGGGCAAGCUGAUGGAACUGCAUGGUGAAGGAGGUGGUGCUGGAAAACCUUCUGGGGAUGAGGCAGGCACUAAAGUAGAGCGAGCCGAUGGAUAUGAGCCGCCUGUGCAAGAGUCUGUCUGAAACUAAAAAUGGAUGAAAAAUAAAAAGUUUUAAUAUACAGAA